AUAAGAAAACAAAUGAAAGCUCAAGACCCUUUCCGGUACUAACUUGAGUUUCUGGACAUCUACGCUAUCUCUGCUCAAAACCCUAACCCUCCAUUUUCCGGCGCGCCGAGCACACUGAUUUUCCAGAAACACACACACACUCUCUCUCUCUCUCCCUCUCUCUCUCAAAACCCUGACCCAACAACCAUGGCUUCCCACGCACCAAACUUGGAGUGCCGCAUGUACGAGGCCAGGUACCCAGAGGUGGACAUGGCGGUGAUGAUCCAGGUCAAGAACAUCGCUGACAUGGGCGCCUACGUCUCGCUCCUCGAGUACAACAACAUCGAGGGCAUGAUUCUCUUCUCGGAGCUCUCCCGCCGUCGGAUUCGAAGUGUCAGCAGCCUCAUCAAGGUGGGCCGAAUCGAGCCCGUCAUGGUCCUCAGGGUCGACAAGGAGAAGGGCUACAUUGAUUUGAGUAAGAGGAGGGUUUCCGAGGAGGAUAUCCAGGCCUGUGAGGAGAGGUACAACAAGAGCAAGCUCGUCCACUCCAUCAUGCGUCAUGUGGCCGAGACUUUGGGCAUCGAUUUGGAGGAGCUGUAUGUGCAUAUUGCCUGGCCGUUAUACCGGAAAUAUGGUCAUGCUUUUGAGGCUUUCAAAAUAAUUGUGACCGAUCCUGAUUCAGUUCUUAGUGCCCUCACACGUGAGUUCAAAGAGACUGGCCCUGAUGGACAAGAGGUCACUAAGGUGGUUCCUGCUGUGUCGGAGGAAGUGAAAGAAUCUUUGGUGAAGAAUAUUAGGAGAAGAAUGACCCCACAACCAUUGAAGAUCCGAGCUGAUAUUGAAAUGAAGUGCUUCCAAUUUGAUGGUGUUCUUCACAUUAAGGAUGCUAUGCGAAAAGCAGAAGCUGCAGGCAAUAAUGACUGUCCUGUGAAAAUUAAAUUGGUUGCUCCUCCGCUUUAUGUUCUUACCACACAGACUCUUAAUAAGGAGCAAGGGAUAUCAGUUCUAAGCAAUGCAAUUGAAGCUUGCACGCAAGAGAUAGAACAUCACAAGGGGAAAUUAGCAGUGAAGGAGGCACCCAGAGUGGUGAGUGAACGGGAUGACAAACUUCUUGCUGAACACAUGAUUAAGCUCCGCCAGGAGAAUGAGGAGGUCAGUGGUGAUGAGGGUAGUGAGGAAGAGGAAGACACAGGAAUGGGAGAAGUUAACGUGGAAGGUGCGGGCCCCGGCAUUGUAGAUUGAAGAAGAAUUUUGUGGGAUAGAUAGUGGCUUACCAUUUUCCUCAAGCAAGUUCCUUUUUUAACAGUUGUAUAAAACCAAUUUCAUAGUAUCGUAUCAUCGAGAUGUUUUGGCAAUUUACCGAAUUGAGCAGAGUCUUUUGGAGGAUACUUGACACCUUAAUAGUUCAAUAUUUUAAAACAGUAAUGGAGAAAUUCUUUGUGGCC